CGGCGCAGGUGUAUAAAAGUCACUUGCAUUGCUGUGGAUAUACCAUACCCGAAGAGUUUCUCGUGGCAGUCGUUUUUUGUCUUCAUCAACUCAACAGCCUCCAAAGGUCUUGCCGAUCAGCUUUAACUUCUGAUUUCUGAUUCUGUGACGAACCAAGGGAACUUGGCCAUCUGCUUUAAAACUUUUAAUCUCUGACUCUUUUUCAAUUAAUCUGCCAUCUUCAUAUUGCUGAAGGUAAUAUUUUUGUAGCUGGCGUAAUCGUAUUUAUGAAUAUUCCGAAAAGAAUAUAAGAAGGGCCUAAGAUAAAUAGAAGACCAACACAAAGUCUGAGAUGGAUAACUGGGGAGAAUCCAUGAACAUUUCAAAGAUGUCGCAUGUGAUGUCAGCUGACUUCUUAACACACCAUCUAUCAGCCGUCUUGACAGCUGGACUCACCGCCAUCCUGCUCGUCCUCUUCGGUCUUACCCGUAUCAAGGACGUCUCGUCGAAGAAGCUCGUCCGACCACCAGGCCCAAGCGGCAUACCCCUCCUCGGCAACCUACUCACCGUCGCCUUCUCCAAGCUUUACCAACACGAACUCGUCAAUCAAUGGAGCAAGAAGUACGGCGACGUCUUCUGGUUCAAGAUCUUCGGCACCGGUGUCGUCAUCAUCAACGACAUGGAUGUCGUUCAGAAGACUUUCCAGAAUACGGAGGUUUGUGACCGAGCUCCUUUCUUCGCCUUAGAUCAUGUCAUUGGUCGAGAAAACAAUGGAAUCGCCUUUGCCAAUGGCGGAUCGUGGAAGGAACAGAGGAAGUUCUUUGUUUCUGUCUUUCGCAAAGUGGACAUUGGUGUGUCCAGGUUAGAGGACAUUGUGAGUGAUCAGGUCAGGAACAUCGUCACACAGGUGAAGAACCUGAAAGGUGAGAAAUUUGAUCCGGCAAUCAUGGUCAAUAUGUCAAUUGCCAACAUCAUCACCCGAAUCAUCACCGGGGUCACUUACAAAUGGGAGGACAAGAAAUUCCAGCAUAUUGUGGCUUGCUCGGGAAAACUCUUCGACAUCAGCGGUCCAGCGGGACUCUUCAGCCUCAAUCCCGUCUUCGCUCGACUCCCGCUUCCCGUAAACUACGAGAUUCGCCGCCUCACCCUUGCCAUCGUGGACUUCAUCCACGAAUCGAUCGAUGAACACAGGAAGCACUUCAAGUCUGACCCAAAUGCAAAAGCUAAAGAUUACAUCGGAGCAUACUUGAAGGAGAUGGCCGGUGCCGAUGCGAAUACACUCAAAUCGUUUGACGAUACAAACCUGGUUGUGAGCUGUUUCGAUGCUCUCCUUGCCGGAUGGGAGACAGUAGCAUCAACUCUCCGAUGGACAAUCUACCUCCUCUCCACGAACCCUGAAGCCCAAGAGCGCAUGCGACAUGAGAUUCACGACCUGGUGGGCUCAGAGCGUUUCCCAACCAUCGCCGAUCGCCAGCAUCUCCCUCUAACCGAAGCGACCAUCGCCGAGUGCAUGCGAUUCAUCCCCGCCGUCCCCAUCCAUCUCCCUCACGUGACGUCACAGGAUUGUAAGAUCGGAGGCUUUGACGUGCCCAAGGGAAGCGCCGUAGCAGCCAAUCUCCAUCACUUCGCCAAGAGCCCCACCCUUUGGGAGGAUCCCGAUGUCUUCAGACCAGAAAGAUUCCUUGAUGACGAAGGCAAAUUUAAGAGGGGCAUGGAGCCAAUUCCUUUCGGCUAUGGUAAGAGGCAAUGUCCUGGGGAACAACUCGCCCGGAUGGAGAUGUUCAUUUUCACUACCUUCCUGGUCCAGAACUUCGAUCUAAGACUCCCAGCUGGAGCUAAGGCUGAUCUUCAAGGAGUUCUUGGUCUAACAUGGAGGCCCAAUCACUACUUCAUCGAGGGACGUCCUAUCAAUUUCAACGAAGAGUGAAGUACUGUAAAUUCGGUGCGUAACAGCUCAUUGCUUGAGGAAGAUGGUUUCAUGGCCAUCAAUGGGGAUUUGUAUUUUUGUUCAUUAGCACAAAAUGAGCUAAGCUCUUUGAACAAGACAGGAAUGAUGAACAGAACAAUAUUCCGUCUAGUGACAAGAAUGCAGUACCCAGUUUUUUAUCAAUAAAAAAAUAUCUCGCAUUUCACCGUGUUCAUCGACGUUCUUUUCUGGAAUGAAGAAAACCGUACCAUAUUUAUGUAGACUCUUAACUUGACCAACCCAUAUUUACGACAGAGUAUACUUUUUGGUGUCAUAGAAGUUAGCAAAUCUAAUGAUACUAAGCACUAAGACAAGAAAGAGAGUUGAAAAUGAAUAAUCAUUCACCUUAAUCUUUCUAAAGCUUACGUCAGUGACGAUGGACUUCUUAAAAUCCUUUCGACAUAAAAACCCCCAAAACAUAUUAGUAUAUUGUUUACCGCUCAUAAUUAUGUCAUGGUACAAUUAGUAAUGGGAAACUCAAGAAUUAUAUGGCUGAGAGUGAGAAUAACGGUUGGAAAAUACGUUUGUUGACACUUAUUUGAUAUCAUUUCGUUUCCAUAGUGACGAAGGAAGCAAAAGAAACACGUUAUGCUGAUGUUUAAAAUUCAUGUUGAAUGGAUGUUAUAGUUUUUGGUUGUUGUUUAAAGAACUUGUGUUUAUAUUCUUAUCUGUAUAUAGUGUACAUUUUCUUGUUAGUGUA